GGCGCCUCGGGGGCGGGGCUAGCCGGUGUUGCCGGAAGGGCCGCGGCGCGCCGCCCUGCGCUAUGCUGGCCCUCGCCGGCUUCCGUCGGCCGCUGGCGGCGGCGGCGCGGAGCGGCGGCGGGGCCAUGCCCCGAAAGGGAAAAGCGGCCGGGAAGGGGCCCGCGGAACCGGGCGCCGCCGCGGGACCGGUGGUGGCGGCGGGUGAGGGCUGCGUGAGGGUGGCGGUUCGCGCCAAGCCCGGCUCCCGGUGCAGCGCCGUCACAGAUGUGACAGCUGAGGCAGUAGGUGUAGCUAUUGCUGCACCUCCAUCAGAAGGGGAGGCAAAUGCAGAGCUGUGUCGCUACCUCUCUAAGGUGCUAGAAGUGAAGAAGAGUGAAGUUAUUUUAGAGAAGGGUGGUAAAUCACGUGAAAAAGUGGUGAAGAUUUUGGUAUCGAUGACACCAGAUGAGAUUUUAGAAAAACUGAAAAAAGAAGCUUCCAGUUGACGUAAAACAAGAGCGGGAGAUGGGACAAUGCAUCUUGGCAAGCUAAAAGCACAAUCACCUGAACAACUGAAAGAAAACCAGAAGUUUGCAGUAUGAAAAACUGACCCAGAACCUGGUAAUUGCAUACACGGUGUCACUUCGUAAUAGUCUGUAAUUAGUUUCCUGAAGAGUAGAGAUACAGUCAUGUAUCUCUGCCAAAUGUAUGUCAAGUGUAAUGACUGUUUUUAAUAAAAAAGGCAAAAAGUA